UUAGAAAUAUAAUUAAGAUAGUUAUAGAAAUAAAAGUGCAUUUUAAAUGGAGAAAAUGUCUUCAUCACAAACAGGCAAGCUGCCUUAUAAGUCUAAAUUUCCUAUAGCAAGAAUUAAAAAAAUUAUGCAAGCAGAUGAGGAGGUAGGAAAAGUAGCACAGAUUACGCCAGUUGUAGUUUCAAAAGCCUUAGAGCUUUUUAUGCAAUCAAUUGUAGAUGAAACGAUUAAACAAGCUCGUAUUAAACAAGCAAAAAAAGUGACGGUUGCACACAUGAGGAGCGCAAUUCAUUCUGCAGAUCAAUUCGACUUUUUAAUUCAUAUCAUAGAUAAACAUACCAAUACAGGAGGGUCUGAAAAAGAUACAGGACAUUCAUCAGAAAAAAUACAAGAAAAUAAAGACAAUAUAACUUUUCAUGAAUCUAAUCCAUCAUCAAAAAAAAAGAGCAGCAAUUAAAAUAAAAGCAUAUUUUAUGUUGAAAAAAUUCGUAUAAGCAUAGG